AUCUUCGUUCCCACGUACAAGACUCCAUUGCUAUGCUAUCUCUCUAUCUAGAGAGAGAGAGAGAGAGAGAAUUUUGGUUUUGAAUUUUGAGAAAAUAAAUAAACAAUAUAUAUAUAUAUAUUAGAAUGCUUCUCGGAAGCGCUUCUUCACCGAUCUUAAAUCCAUGCCUCCGUCAAUCCUCGCCGGAACCCGACCCGGGUUACCGUUCCGAGAUCCGAACCGAUUACGUGUCCUUCUCUUCCAAUUCCUCACUCCCUCUUCCAAACUCAGUCAAGAAAACCAAUUUUGUCAAGCUCUCUCCGUUGAAGAAGAAGAAGAUAAAGGAGGUUAUCCACCACCAAAGUGAAGAACGAGAAAUGGGUCUUUGGUGUUUGGAAUCCACGCCGAUGAUGAUGACGAUGCCGAGCUCUGUUGGGUUGGCGAUGGAUGAAGCGUGCUCUCUCGGGGUGGAGGAGAAGGUGGAACAGGGUGUUCUGGUAGGUGGUGGGGUUGGAAAUGGCAGUGCUGGCGGUAUCUCCGGCGGCCGUGGUGGCGGUGGCGACAGAGAUGGGAGUGAUGGGUAUUGGGAUUCCGGCAAAGGGAGUGAGAGCAUUGAUGGGUAUUAUAAAAAAAUGAUCAAAGACUACCCAGAAGAUGCUCUGCUUCUUGGGAACUACGCAAGGUUCUUGAAAGAGGUACUUGGUGAUGUUGAAAAAGCGGAGGAAUACUGUGAAAGAGCAAUUUUGGCAGAGCCAAGUGAUGGGAAUGCUUUAUCUCUAUAUGGAGAUCUAAUAUGGUAUAGACACAAAGAUGCUCAUCGAGCUCAGAGCUAUUUUCAUCAAGCUGUUCAGUCUGCUCCUGAUGACUGUUUUGUUCUCGCUUCAUACGCUAAAUUCCUUUGGGAUGCUGGAGAUGAAGAGGAAGAAGAUGAAGAAGAUGAAGAUGGAGGAGGACAUGGAAUGGAAGACACAAAAAACAUUCAGACAACCAUUCCAUGUCCCUCCUCUAUGCGUCCUUUAGUUGCUGGUUCUUGAAAUGAACUUUUACAUGUCUGUCUGGUGGUAGUAGUAAAAGUUUCUUUCAUUUGCUUACCAAAAUUGACAACCCCUCUUGUGUAUAUAUGACCAUGAUGAAUUUCUGCUGAGGUGACAUCUUUCUGAUGCUGUAAAAUGUCCGGACUAUGAAGGGGUUGGGAAUGUUUGGUUGGAAAGAAAAGAAAAUGAAAAAUAUCUUAAGCUAAGUUUGAGUAACGGGGAAUAAUUUAUAUAAGAAGGAUACGUUUGAUUGUUCUUGUCUUUUAUACAGGGCAACAUCUGUAGCUGAUAUUCUUUCAUAAAACCAUUUAAUCCUGUGGCCCUAGUGCUUGGGUUUGUUUUGUUUCCUUUGAU